AACAUUAUACCUUCAAUAAUACGAAUAUCUUACAAGAUACAUUCCCGUUUUUUUAUUGUGCAUUGAUAUGUUUAUGAUUUUUUGCAGGCGGCAGUUAUUAAAGAGGCUGGGCGAAGAAAUAUGUGGCACUAAGAGUACGAACGAAUCAAUCCAUUUCCGGAAAUCAGUGCAAUCACUGGUUACUCCGAGUAUGAUGGAUUCAGAGUUCUGUACCCAAAAAACGUGCCUGGAUGCAACGCCACGAAGCGUAAGUACGUAUGAAAAUGUCCUAUAUUGCGAAAAUGACAAUACUCUUGUCAUUGACAACGAAAACCCUCUGGAUAUAAAUCGUAUCCAAGAGCAUAAGAUUGAAGGUAAUCGUAUUGUAAACUAUUCUUUCUUUUCGAAAGAAAUGCAUAGGACAUUUGAUAAUCAUGCGCGAAGAAUAGAGUGCCGAUUUAAAGAUUGGAUACUCGUAAAUUCUUUGCGUCGUGGAUUUAUGACACAGUUCUUUUAUAAAUGCCAAAUGUGCAAUUAUGAAGCAAACUUUUGGUCACAUCCCACAGACUGCAAAACGUUGGACAUAAACACGGCUGUCACAGCUGGAACGAUCACGAUUGGCAUUGGUUUUGCUCAAUUGGAAGAAAUGUUUGCAGCUGCGAACAUACCGUGUAUGUCUGAAAAAACAUAUAUUAAACAUCGAGAUUUAUUAAUCGAUGCUUUUGAAAAGACAGCCAUUGAAAAUAUGAAAAUGGCAGGCGAAGUUGAAAAACAACUCGCUGUAAAAAGAAAUGAAACAAUAAAGGGUAUUCCGUACAUAACAGUUGUCGCGGAUGGCAGUUGGAUGAAGAGAUCGUAUGGCACAGCCUACGAUUCAAUUUCCGGUGUUGGUGCCAUAAUUGGUUACAAUACAAGGAAAAUUCUCUUCGUUGGUAUCCGCAACAAAUAUUGCACAGUAUGCGAUAUAGCGGAUCAACAAAAUUGUGAACCAAAAGCUCAUAAAUGCUACAAAAAUUUUGAUCGGAACGCAAGUUCCACAAGCAUGGAGAGCGACGCUAUUGCUGAAGGUUUUAAAAGUAGCCUUGAAAUGCAUGGAUUGAUAUAUAAAACAGUCAUCGGCGAUGGUGAUA